GGGAGAGAGAGAGAGAGAGAGAGAGAGAGAGGAGCAGGCGAGAGACCAGCAAAGCAAAUCGAAUCAACGCAACGACUGCGGCGAGAUGAGGAAGUUUGAUCCAUGGCCAGUGUUCUUCAGAAGAGAAUGGAAUCGCAAUUGGCCUUUCCUUGUGGGAUUCGCUGUUACUGGAGCCAUCAUCACCAAGUUAUCCCUCGGCCUAACCGAGGAGGAUGCGAAGAACUCUCGGUUUGUGCAGAGGCACCUGGGAAAGUAAACUUAUAAGAGUACCAUCUGCUUUUGCUUGGUGAAUGAAGGACAAGGUGGUGGAGACCAAUAUUUUGUUUGUUUCCUUUCCUUUUUUCUUAUUUCUGAUGCCAUAUAUCUUUUGAACUAAAAUUGGUUGACACCAAAUGUGUCUUUGUUUUUCUGUGAGGAUGAUGGAUGGAAAAUAAACAUUAGUUUUUUUUUUUUUUUUUGGUAAUAAAUGCUGAGAUAAAUGACAACAUU